AUUGGUAUUUGCAGCCAGUGUGACGUAUAAAUGAACCAAUCGUGAAAGUUCCUGACCCUUGACCCAUACCCCGAAGUUCUGACCCAUACACCCAUAGAGAUUUGACCCUUACACCCACAAAUACCUGCUCCACACACCCAUACAACUGGUCGAGAACACACAUACUACAGAAUCUGUUUGUCACACGCUAGUAAUGCCAAUGUUUUGGCUCCAGAAAGUUCUGGUAAGAUCCCCCGAAAAUCCUGAACAAAAACUCAUCAUCACCCUCUUAUCACAUCAAUUGCUACUCCGUCCACCACCUGCAGGCUAUUUCUAUCGCGAUAAACUAAAACCGCAUAAUCAAUACACAUCCAUACCCAUGUCUGAAGUUCAACUCGAAAGGCCCACUCGUCCUUGUGACCGGUGCAGAAAGAGGAAGACCAAAUGUGUCUUUGAGAGUGGACAGGAAAAAUGCUAUCUAUGCAAGAUGAGCCAUCAGAUUUGUGAGUUUAAUCUUCCACCAUUGAAAAAGAAGCGGAAAGCAAAGUCUCCACUGGCAACCGAUAUUAGUGCCAAUGGCAUGUCCAUAAAAAAAGACUCGCCGGGUCUGCCAAUCCCAGACGAUCCCAAACAUGUCGAGCUUCCCAAAUACUUCUUCCGGCUUGAAGGGAACAACGAGUUUGAUCAAUACAUAUUUGGGUCCCUUUUAGACAGCAACAGUAUUGAACUCUAUCCGGUUGAAUCAAUCAAAAGAACCAUUCUCACCCUGAACGGCACCAUCUUCCUUCAGGCCGAAGGCAACAUGGAGGAUGUAGAGGAAAGAAAAGUCGAAAUCGAAAAGAUUAACCAGAUAAUAGGUAAUGUGGGCCCCAAGCUAGUUGCUCUCUACUUCAGAAUCGUCCAUACAUCGUUUCCAAUUCUUUCGAAAAACAAAUUCCUCGAGGAGUAUACGGAGGACCAGGGUCAUAUUAGUCCAUGUCUCUUAUCGUGUCUAUACUUGUUUGCGUUAAAUUGGUGGUCUUUUGACUCGGAUCUCUCGAUUGAGACUAAACCCUCUCAAAAGGAAAUCGAGGUGCUUGCGGAAGCUAAUUUCUACAGGGAAAUCAAGAAGCCCAUGAUAUCGACUGUGCAAGCAGGUCUUUUGCUCAUCCAGCACCAGAGUUUUAGGGAUAGGUAUGAUAACCCUUGCGACUGCUGGCCCCACCAGUCAGCCGUGUAUGCGUGUGCGCAGAGUUUGGGAUUGAACAAGGACUGUUCGUCAUGGAAUAUUCCGGUUUGGGAGAAGUCUUUGAGACGAAGACUCUCGUGGGGGCUUUAUGUGCAAGAGAAAUGGCUCAGUUUCACUUCCGAUAAGCGUUCUCAUAUCGACUCCAAGGACUGGACUGUAGGUGACCUUGACCCCAUAAAGGACUUUGAAGACUUCAAGGAGACGGAAAUGGAAUCAGAGAAUAUAAUAGAUGGUAAAAUCGACUUGGAAAUUGGUAAGACGUUGUUUUUGCAAAAGGUGGAGCUUACGAAAAUAGUGAACGAGAUUCUAUUACGGCUUCAUUCUGAGGAGGCAAAGAGCGUAUUAAACUGUUUACCGGUACAAGAUCCGUUGUUGAGCUUGAAAAAGACCCUAGAGUACAUCAAGCCGUUGCAAAUACGGCUUACGGCCUGGGAAUCGCGUUUGCCAACUAACUUGGUGAUUGAGACUAAUGUGCUGAGAGGCUUCAUCUCUGGAGCUCCCAACAUAUACAUUUCCAAUUUCCUGGCCCAGGUGUCGGUUUUAAGGCCGGUGUUAAGAAUUCUCAGCAGUAUUAGAGAAAGUAAACUUUUGGUUGACAAGGAAUUCAUUGGGAUCAGAGACAUUGUGUACAAUAAGUGUAUGACGAUUCUCGAAAAAUUCAUCAAGUUCUUGAGUGAAUUAAGGGCAGAGCAUCUUCAGACCUUCUGGUAUACGAGUGCUAGAAAUGGGCUAAGUAACAUUGUUGUAUUUGAGUUUUUGUUGGCCCUUGUAUCUAAGAACAAGGCAGAACUAGAUAACUGUUUGGACAAGAUUGAGGAAUCUGUUUGGAAACUUAAGCUUAAUAAUAAGAAUGCCGAGUUCUUUCUGCAUGCCAUUUCUUGGUGGAACAUAUUAAAGAAGCACUUGACGUUCAAGCUUGAAAAUUUUGUAUUCUACAAUGAAGGGAAUAUUGGAGAGAACCGGAUCGAAAAUGGGAAAAUCAAAGAUGAAUUGAUUUAUGAAGAUCCUAACAUUGGUAACAGCCUAACCAAUCCCAUGGACAGAGCUCAAACCAUAGGUAACGAGAGCUACUUACUGCCCGAGUACUUCAAUAUCGAUAGUAUGGACAAUUUCAUCUUCACAUACCAGAAUGGGGAGUAGAAUAACCUUUAGUUUUAAUACAACAUAUCUUAAUUAUACAUAUUUCUUACAC